GCUGCUGGAAGGCAGGAAGUGGCUCUGCGGGAUGUGAGGGAGAUCUCGGGGAGACCUCGCGGACAAGGGGCCCCGCUGGGCUCACCAGAUCUCUGGUGAGCAGCCCACAGCCUGGCCCAGGGCAUGCCCCAGUUCACUUUCGCUUGCUUCUGCGGCCUCCACGGUUUCUGCAAGAUGAAGCGAAAGAAGGAGGAAGCUCACAGGCAGCGGGAAACAGCGGUGUGAGCCGAACCGGGGGCCCUUCUUCAGCCCCCGCCCCUGGCUGAGGCUCGGAGCAGGAAGCCUCCCUCUGAGCCGGGCUCUUCUCGGGUGACCUGACCCCCUGACCUCAUCUCACCUGUAGA